GACAGCGUGAUUGUCAAUCAAAAAGGACACGAAUAGUGCCAGAAGACACAAACCUGUCCUACUUUCGUAGAUUCUUCCCUUCAUUACCCUGUUACGUAUGAGCACUGAAACAUCAUAAAAGGAAGUCAAAUUUAUUCGAUUCUCCUACCUGUUGCAAAAUCCAGUGGUUCACAACAAUUGUGAAGAAAAAUGGACGAUGAAAUUGAGGAGGAACAGCAGAAACCAUUUGCAGUGGAACGAGCGAAAACUGGCAGAGCAAAGUGUAAAAAAUGUAAAUGCCCGAUUGAUAAAGAUUGCGUGAGAUUGGCGAAAAUUAUGAAAAAUCCAUUUGGCGAUGGAACAAUGAAAAGUUGGCAUCACGUGAGCUGUUUGUUUGAGGUUUUCGCUAAACAGAGAGCGACGACUAAAAGAAUUGAUGAUCCCGAGGAAGAUAUAAGCGGUUGGAAUGAACUCGACGAAGAGGACAAGAAACUGGUCCUCAAGAAACUCGAGGAAUUCAACGAAAAUACGCCUUUCAAGGGAGCGAAACCGCAAAAAGCUUCAACGACAAAUGAAAAGAAACCAAAAGCGAAAUCUCCAAAGAAAGGGAAAACGGGAAAAAUUGAGAAAGACGAGGAAAUUAAAAUUGUGGACAAAUCAAGUGACGAGAAAAAACCAUCUAAGGACGAUAUGUUUCGAGAAUUUCGACGAAUUUGCUGUUCCAUUACUGAUGUGAGUGCAUAUACGGAAAAAACUGCUAUCUUGAAAAGAAUGUUCACUAAAGGUUCAACGGGAGAUGGAUUCAAAAGCGACAUCGUCUUGUGGUGUAAAUUGCUUUUACCUGGUACAGCAAAGAGGAUAUAUAAUCUACAAAGUAAGCAGCUAAUUAAGCUCUUUGCGAGAAUAUUGAAAGAGGACGAAGGCUCAAUGCUUGAACAUUUAGAACAGGGCGAUAUUGGAGAGACCAUUGCUGUAUUCUUUGGCAAAAGUGACGCCUUGCGACCAAAUAUCAAGAGUGUAAUCACAAUUCAAGAGGUGGAAAAUUUUUUAGCGAAACUGUCAACAAUGACCAAGGAGGUUGAACAAAUGAAUCAUUUCAAGUCUUUUAUUGCCAGAUGCACAGAAAAUGAUUUGAAGAUGAUCAUCAGAUUAAUUAAACAUGACUUGAGAAUUAACGCAGGACCAAAGCAUAUAUUGGAGGCAAUUGACAAAGAUGCGUACACUGCAUUUCAGGUGUCGAACGAUUUGGAAGCUGUGAUCCAGCGUUGUUUAGGUGGUCCUUCAUCUUCUAAUUCUGAUUCCGAUUCUAAGAAAGAUUCAAUUAAAAAAAAAGUUGCUCUCACAAUAAUGACGCCAGUUUUACCAAUGUUGGCAGAAGCUUGCAAAUCUGUAGAAAUGGCGAUGAAAAAAUGUCCAGAUGGAAUGUUAUCAGAAGUCAAAUAUGACGGUGAACGGGUUCAAGUGCACAAAAAAGGCGACGAAUUCCGAUAUUUUAGUCGAUCGUUAAAGCCGGUCAUGGAGCAUAAAGUAAAGACACUGAAAGAUUUCAUUCCCCAAGCGUUUCCAAAUGCAGAUGAUUUAAUUUUGGACGCAGAAAUUUUAAUGAUUGAUACGAGAACUGGACAACCUUUGCCAUUCGGCACAUUGGGAAUUCAUAAAAGAGCCGAAUUUAAAGACGCAAAUGUUUGUUUGUUUGUGUUUGACUGUAUUUACAUGAAUGGCGAAAUACUUCUAAACAAGACAAUGAAAGAAAGACGGGAAAUCCUGGAGAAUAAUUUGACAGAAAUUCCUAAUCGUAUAAAACUUUCUGAAAUUCAGGAAAUAAAUAAACCGAAAGAUUUGGCAGAAAUGAUAGCAAAAGUUUUGAAAAUGGGCCUUGAGGGAUUAGUUCUAAAGAGUGUAACUAGUAAAUAUGAGCCUGGAAAGCGGCAUUGGUUGAAGGUAAAGAAGGAUUAUUUAUGUCAAGGCGCAAUGGCUGAUACCGCAGAUCUCGUGGUUCUCGGUGCUUGGUAUGGCACUGGUCAUAAAGGUGGUAUGAUGUCUGUUUUCCUCAUGGGAUGUUACGAUACCGAUAGAGAUGUUUGGCUCACUGUGACUAAGGUCCACACUGGUCACGAUGAUGCAACUUUGGAGAAACUUCAGGACGAACUUGAUAUGGUGAAAAUAGGAAAGGAUCCGAGUCUUGUUCCAAAAUGGAUGAAAGCAAAUAAACCAAUGAUACCAGAUUUUGUAGCGAAAGAUCCGAAGAAUCAGCCAGUUUGGGAAAUUACUGGUGCAGAAUUUACAAAUCAAGGAGUACAUACGGCCGAUGGAAUUAGUAUCAGAUUUCCAAGAGUGACUCGAAUCAGAAGUGACAAAAAUUGGGAAACGGCGACAAAUCUCAACGAAUUGCGAAAUCUCUUCAAGACCAGCACUGAAUCAACGGAUUUUUCACUUCUUUUAGCUUCAACUAGCAAAGAUUCCAGUGAAGAAACUAAAAAGUCAAAGACGACGACAAAGAAGGAGAAAAAAACGAAGACUGAUUCAAAAGGUACAGGAACAUUGGACGUAUUUGUGAAAAGAGAAAUAAAAAAUGAACCAAAUUCACCAGAGAAAAGUCCAAAGAAACGGCAAAAAAUUGAAAAGGUCAAGUUGAGUGUGAAUACCAGAAUAGAGGAUUCCUUCAUUGAUACUUCGGACGAGGAAAAAUAUGAGGAAAAAAUAGAGCAAGAAUUGGACACCAUUACCUCGGAUGGAGGAGACAAUUUAAAAGUGAAAAAAGUGAAAAAAGAAAUGGAUAAAUAUGAAAUAGAUGAUCAUAAAUACAAAAAAGAAUCCAGUCGAAAAAGAAAUUCAAGGGAAAAAAUUGAAAUUGGAGAAUGUAGUAAAGCUCCAGUAAUAAUUGAUGAAAAUCAAGCAAAAUUCUAUUCGUUUCAUGGAAAUGAUUACAUUGAGUACAAUGAGAAAGGAAUUCCUUUGAAUUGGAUAGAAGGCAGAAAACCACCAGAAAUUUUACCAGGAAAUGCUAAAUUUCUAACUCAACUCGAUGAAAACGAAUUGAAUACUAAAUGUGUCUUGAGGAGGAAUAUUCGUGUCACAUUUGCCAGAGAUUAUAAGCGAAAAGAAAGAAGAAGACUUGCCAGAACAUUAAAAACUCUCGGUGCAACAAUUCUUGAUGAUGAGGAUUUAUCCACAACGACCCAUAUGAUUCAUAGCAGUGCAAAAGUUCCUGCCUCAAUUCUUCAGGAAUAUAAUGGCGUACCAACUUAUGCGAGGCAUGUUCACCAAUCAUGGGUGGAAAAUUGUGCUUCAGAGUCGAAAAUGCAGGAUCCCUCCGUUUACGCUGUAAUUUUGACUGGCGUUUAUUGCACUUGUCCCUGUCCUCAUGGAAGAUGAGGAAUUUCUGAAAGGAAAGUUUUUUUUGAUAAUUUUUUCACGAGACCUGAAGGGUAGUGUAUUUAAUUAACAGUGAAUAUUAAUUUUCGUAACUGAGAUUUUUUUUUAAUUUUACAUUAUACAAUUAAUUUAAUUUAUACAAUUUAUAUAGCGGAGAAUACAAAGUAAUAUUUACAAUAUUGUGUUUUAAAAUAUUGAAAAGAUUAUCAGCUUCUUUUUGCUUCACUAUUUUAUUUUUUUUUUUUAGAAGAAAGAAGCGAAAUAUUAUACCACAAUAAUCAAGCAAUAAAUAAUCAACUAUUUCUAUAACAACAGAAAUCAUUUCAAUUUUUUAUUUUCUCAGAGAAAUAAUUUUUACAGACAUUGGAAAAUAACAGGAUUUUUUUCUUUGAAAGUAAAUUUCGGGGUGUUUUUUUGUUUGUUUUUUUUUGGUUAUCUACGAGGAGUUUACAGGAAAAUAUUGAAUGCGAAUUAUAAACUUUCAUCACGGAAGAGAUUUUUUUUUUUUUUUGGCAAUCAAUUCGAAGAAAGUCGAGAGUCACAGAAAAAUUACUGCGAUGAUGAAGUAUAUUUUAAGGUAAACACUACAAUAUAUCGAUUUUGAUAUUUCUGGAUUACAUUUAUUAUUUAUUUUAUUUUUUUAAAAAAUAUCAUUAAACGUCGACUUAUAACUGUGAAAUGAUCUAAUUCUAGAAAACUAAUACUAAUUAUUAGUUUUUCGACUAUUUUUAGAGGGGAGAAAAGAAAAAAAUUGAGUAUAAUUACAAGUGUAAAUUUAAUAACAAGUCACUUGUGGUAUUUUCCAAUCAAUUAAUAAUGUAAUCGAUAAAUUGUUAUCGUUUCACGGUUAUAAGGUGUCGUCUAAGUAUCUAUAGAAUUUGCAUACUAUUAAAACUCUACCAUGCAUAAAACAUGAAAUCAAUCUUGAGUUAAGGGGUGUUUGUUGUAGAUUUGAAAAUUCUUUUAUAUUUAACACGAAAAUCAUCUAAUUUUCUAAUACUCGACAAAGUUUGAAUUUUUCCUUUUUUUUGUAAAUUAAUAUAAAUUUUCACAUUUUGUUUCACAUUUUCUUUCUUCUAUAUGAUGAUAAUUUCAUGAAAUGGAAUUGUAGAUAUGUAUACAAACUAAUUAAAAAAUAUCUUAGAAUUCUCGUCUAUUACGAGCGAUUUCUAUAGGAACAUAUCUUGUAUGCGUUCGUUAAUUAAAAAUAGAGUCAUUCGCAUUUUUUUUCUUUUAUUUAAUUAUAUUCUCCUCUAGUAUUUUUUUUUUGUUUGCAAAAAAUAUACUGUUAUUUUUGUCAUUCUGUGUUUAUCAUAAGGAAAAAAAUGAGAAACAAGAUAAAAUUACUUUUAUUUUGCAAAAAUAGUUUUUUUCCAUUUAUUUCAUUCGAAGGAAAAUUUUAAUUCGAAAAUUAAAAUUUUAAUUUCUUUUUGUCAGGAA